AUGGCAAGCCUUAAACAACAUCUCAAGGAUGCCAAAAGUUACUUGGAUAGUCAAGACUAUGAAUAUUGCAUUGAAAGCACCAAGGAAGCUUUGAAAAUAGAUAAAAAGUGCUAUUUUGCCCAUGUCUUUUUGGGCAAAGCCCUGUCCUGCAUUGAUGAGCUUGAAGGAUCCAAAAAACAUUAUCUAACGGCAAUCGACCUAGAUCCGGAAAAUGUACUGGCUUGGAAGGGUCUUUUCGUGCUUUUUAAGCUUAGCAACAUUGCUCCAACGGUUGUAUCGUUCGACGAAUACUUUGACCUGUGCGGGAAGUACGCAGAGCUGCUGUUGCAAAAGCAGCUACCAUUGACAGACCUUAUUAGUGACAUUCGAAAUUUCAAAAAUUUUUACAGAGACUCCCAGGAGUCAUAUCUGCGUCAUAUGCGGCCAGGUACUCCAACUGCUGAGCUUUUGUCUCGCUACUUGAUAUCACCCAACGAAGCCUUGCAGGGACUACUCAACAUAGUCAGAUCGGCUGAGCAGCAAAAAGUGUCGAAGUUAGUGAGUCGAGAGCGGCUGAAAAUUAGCGCCAAUCAACCGGAUUACGAUUUGAAAGUAAAUUCUAUCGCAUGGGAAGUUUAUAAGGAUUCAGAGGUUGACGAACUGUACCAGCAAUUGAUCAACGUUACUGAUGCUGACGAACAACGACGCGAUAACGAAGCCAAGUGGCUUGAGUAUAGAUUGAAGGUGUUAAAGUCCAUGCCAGCGAACAUGAAAUCUCAUUUUUUCUUGAAAGUCAAGGGAAUGGUCGAGGACAUGGUGAUUGUGGAUCACGAUUUUCUUUUGGCAUGGCAGCUGUACUUCGAAUGGCAAGACUACUCGAACCUCGAUAGCAUGGAUACCAACAUGAUAUCUCGAUUUAUGAAAAGGUUUCCUCGGGAGCCACUCUCAGCCAUUCUGUACGCCUGGGUAUGUUCAGACCUAUCCGCUUACAACUCAAAAGAGUUUUAUGAAAAGACAUUUCAAGAUGAUAUGACCAAUCAGAUAGCUUCAUCAAAUGCUGUACUGGAUUCAAUUGACGACGAAGUAGACGAGUCUGAAAAAGAGAGGCUCCAGAAACUGGUUGAUCCGGGAUCUGAAGAACCUUCUCACGGAUUAUCUGAAGAUGAGGUUCUACUCUCGUUUUCAGACAACAUCAAGAAAACGCAGCAAAGCAUUCUGGCACAUCGCGUAAUUUCGCACUACUAUUUGUCGAUGCAUGAGUAUGAGCCUGCUCUCCAAUAUGUCAAAGCGGGAAUACUGCUAUGUGCACAAAAUGUUAAAGGUUUGGGUGCUCAUUUGGGCAAUUCUAAGAAGGAACUCACGCUAGAUCUGGCUACCAUUUAUACUUAUUUUGAGGCGCCCAAGAACCACUCAACUGCGCUCGCGCUUUUCGAAAAGGUGCUAUCAGAAGAUGCUGAAAACGUGAAUGCAAAAAUGGGUAAGGGACUGAUAGCCAUAGAAAGGCGUAAUUGGACAGAGGCCUACGACCUUUUGAAGGAUGUGUCUGAGCGCUACCCAGAUAACUAUGAAGUUCUCUCUGAACUUGGGUGGAGUGAAUUGAAUUUAGGCAAGGCAGACGUUGCCAUCGAAAAAUUCAAGUAUAUUCUAAACAACAUCGAGGGUUCGGAUUUGAAAACUCUGGAGUUCAGAUCCCUCAAUCAUUGGAGGAUAGCAAAAGCUUACAUCGUCAUAGAUGAAAGUACUGAUAGGGACUCGGCUUCGAUCAACAUAAAGCAUGCAUUCAAACAAUUGGUCCAGUCGAUCAAAGUGAGCGACAGUUUUGCCGCUAGUUACUCUACUCUUGGGGAUCUUUACGCCCAGUAUUACGAGGAUUCGACAAGAGCAUUCAAAUGCUACUUCAAGGCUUUUGAAUUGGACCCCAGUGAUCUCACUGCUGGAAGAUACAUGUGCGAGCAGUAUUGUGGCCUAUCCAAUUGGUCGUCAGCAGCACUAAUCGCGGAAAGAGUUGUUAAAGCGGAAAAGUCAAAAAGGGCUCUGCAAAACAUCAACUGGCCAUAUCGGGUGUUAGGUAUUGCUUGCCUCGAGAAACAAUCAGAAGCGGAUUCGAUUGAGUGGUUUCAGUCUGCUUUACGUGUCGAUUCCUCAGAUCUAGAGUCUUGGAUUGGCCUUGGCCAGGCAUACUACUCAUGUGGGAGGGUCGAAGCAUCACUCAAGGUAUUCGAGAAAGCUCUCGAGGUGGAGCCUGAUAACCCUCAUGCUUUAUACUUCAAAGCUCUCGCGUCGUCUAAGAUGGGACAAUAUGAAGAAAGUUUGGAAAUUCUUCGGGUGCUCACAGAUAUUCACCCGACCGAGGAGCACUAUCAUGUCACUCUGGUUGAGAUUUUGAUUGAGCAUGCAAGAGAACUUCAUUUACAAGGAUACCUCAUUCAGUCGGUAGCUGCUGCAGCCGAAGUUGUGCGUCAUGUCGAGACCAUAAUUCUAAAAAUCUGUUCGGGCAGCCAGGCCGUUUGGAUGGUGUUGUCUAAGGCCUUAAAGUUAUUUUGCUCAGUGCAGUCUCAGAUUCAUAUGUUGCCUUUGGAAAGUCUAGUCAACAUAUUCGAUAGUCUUGAACUAAAGAAUACAGCUGAAAUUGAUGCAAUCGACGGCGUGCUUUACGCUUCGCUACUUUCUGACCUCGAGCAGGACAAUGUGGUGAUUGCUACGAAAUUUUUGAUUUUAUCGGUCAAAUAUUCAUUGGCUUCCAGUGAAUAUGAGAAACUUUCUCGUACAGUGCGUGCCUCUCUAUGGUACAACAUGGGAAUAGUUGAGUUGAUGGCUUUCGUUAUCUUGAAAAUGAGCCAGUACAGAGACGCCGCUAUAGUCUGCUUCAAAAAGUCUAUUGAGUUCCAGUCAAACACCGCCGAAGCUUGGAUAGGAUUCGGCAUUGCCUCCAUAGAUUUGAAUUACCGAGUUGCUCAGCACUGCUUCAUCAAAGCGGCUGCGCUAGGACCAAGAGAUACCAGUGUGUGGUUUGACAUGGCUGUUUUGGCAUUAAAGCACAACGACGUCGCUUUUGCAAAAGAUGUGUUGAUGAAAUCACAAAGCAUUGCCCCUCAGGAUUCCACAGCAUGGCUCGGCCUUGCUCUCGUGUCUGAAAAAAGUGGUCCUACGGAAGAAACGACCAGUCUUUUCGCUCACUCUUUCGUACUUUCAAAUGGCAAGUCAACUGCGGCUCAAAUUCUUUAUGCAAAAAGUGUUCUAGGCACGCGAAUCGGAAAUGGAGACGAUGCGAGAGAUAUUGGAGCAACUCAAGAGUUGAGUUCGGUGGCCUAUGGAUUGGAUGAAUACCUAAAGAAGGAUCCUGACGACAAAUUCGCCUUGCAGUGCGCUAUUCUGACACUUGAAAGACUGAACCAUUUCGAAGCUGCUCGGGCUCUUUCGGGCCGCUUACUCGAUAUUUUGGAAAGACGUUUUGAAAAGAUGCAAGAUGAUUCAGAACUUUUCAACUUUGCUGUGAUCAAGUCACAGAUGGCUCGUGUGCACUUGGGGUCCAAAAUGUAUGACGCCGCAAUUGAAAGCGCAGAUUUGGCGCAGGGCAUUUUAAGCGAGUACGACAACGAAAGGGCGAAGAGAUCCGUCAUUUCAAAUCAUGCGGUAAUGGGAUUGGCUUAUCUCUUUUCAGACGACUUUGAUCAGGCUGUGGAACAGUUCAAGAGCAUCUUGGAGAUAUCCAGCGAAUCCAAAGAGCUUGUCAUAAUGAUUGCGAAGGUACUUUACAGCAUUGAUUCAGAAGAGACGCGCGAUGUAGCUUUCAAAGAGCUUGUAGACUACGUCAGCGAGCACGGCCAGGAUUUGGUUGUCACCCUAACUAUCUCUGCUAUGACCAUACUAGAGGGAAGGACUGAGGACCUGCGCAUGGUUUUAUCUGAGCUGAAGGGUCUACCUUUAGAAUCACUCGUUUUCGAUAGACACCGCGAUGUUUCCUUCCUCAUUGACAAAGUGGAGAAACAGGUAUUUGGGGAUAAGCGAACAAUGGCUGUAUGGCAGAGGUCGGCAUUUUUCUUCCCUAAUGAUCCGAACUCUUGGCAAAGUCUAGAUAAAAAAAUCAGACUACGUGUUUCUUCAGAGGGGCAAAAUAAUGUUAGCGCCAAAAACAUGAGUGAUUACUACUGUGCUUUGGGUAACGUCUCAAAGAUCCAAAGAGGACUUUUCCUCUGUCCUUGGAAUGCGAAGGCUAUAUCUAAAUACGAGAGCUGCUUUAGACAGACAAGUUGA